CUCCUGCGUUGCAGGCGGUGGCGGGCGGCGGGGCUCCAGGCUCAGGCAGCGGCGGCGGCAGCAGCAGCGGCUUCCGGAGUCCCGCGGCGAAGAUGCUCAAAGUCACCGUGCCCUCCUGCUCCUCCUCGUCCUGCUCUUCGGUCACCGCCAGCCCGGCCCCGGGGACUGGCAGCCUGGUCCCGGAUUACUGGAUCGACGGCUCCAACCGGGAUGCGCUGAGCGAUUUCUUCGAGGUGGAGUCGGAGCUGGGACGGGGUGCCACAUCCAUUGUGUACAGAUGCAAACAGAAGGGGACCCAGAAGCCCUAUGCUCUCAAAGUGUUAAAGAAAACAGUGGACAAAAAAAUCGUAAGAACUGAGAUAGGAGUUCUUCUUCGCCUCUCACAUCCAAAUAUUAUAAAACUUAAAGAAAUAUUUGAAACCCCUACAGAAAUCAGUUUGGUCCUAGAACUCGUCACAGGAGGAGAACUGUUUGACAGGAUUGUGGAAAAAGGAUAUUAUAGCGAGCGGGAUGCUGCAGAUGCUGUUAAACAAAUCCUGGAGGCAGUGGCUUACCUACAUGAAAAUGGGAUUGUCCAUCGUGAUCUCAAACCAGAGAAUCUUCUCUAUGCAACUCCAGCCCCAGAUGCACCUCUCAAAAUCGCUGAUUUUGGACUCUCUAAAAUUGUGGAACAUCAAGUGCUCAUGAAGACCGUAUGUGGAACCCCAGGGUACUGCGCACCGGAAAUUCUCAGAGGCUGUGCCUAUGGACCUGAGGUGGACAUGUGGUCUGUAGGAAUAAUCACCUACAUCUUACUCUGUGGAUUUGAACCAUUCUAUGAUGAAAGAGGUGAUCAGUUCAUGUUCAGGAGAAUUCUGAAUUGUGAAUAUUACUUUAUCUCCCCCUGGUGGGAUGAAGUAUCUCUAAAUGCCAAGGACUUGGUCAAAAAAUUAAUUGUCUUGGAUCCUAAGAAACGACUGACUACAUUUCAAGCCCUCCAGCACCCGUGGGUCACAGGUAAAGCAGCAAACUUUGUGCAUAUGGAUACCGCUCAAAAGAAGCUCCAAGAAUUCAAUGCUCGGCGCAAGCUUAAGGCAGCUGUGAAGGCUGUUGUGGCCUCUUCCCGGUUGGGAAGUGCCAGCAGUAGCCAUGGCAGCAUCCAGGAAAGCCACAAGGCCAACCAAGAACCAUCUCCAACCCAGGAUAGCAAAGAGGACAGCAAAACUCUUCCAGAAGCAAAGAAGAUUCAAGGAGAUGGGGCCCAAGUGGCAGCUGAGGAUCAAGAGGCUGAGCUGAUGAAGGUGCAGCCCUCAGAGGAGGUGAAAGAUGCAGAUGUGAAUGCUGAGGAGGCCCUCCGGAUGGUGCCCAAGGCACUGGAGGAUGGGAUCAAGGUGGAUGACCCUGCAAUAGAGAAGAGCCCAGGGGAGGAGCCACUGAAGACUGUGGAGGAAACAACAGAUUCCAAAGAAGAACAGGAAAACCCUGUUGUGGGACUCGGAGUUCCACAGCAAGAUGUGAUCCUGCCAGAGUACUAAAUCAGCUCCUUUCAGAUCUGGAGACAAAGCAAUGGCAUUUUAGAUACUUUGUCCUUCAGCAAGGAAGAUGUGGAAGCAUGAUAUGCAUUACGUGAUUUUGUUUUGAGGUGCAAAAAAAAUACAUAUAUGUCAGUUGGUAAUCCUAACUUCAAUGCAUGUGACUGCUUUAUAAAUAAUAGUGUUUUCUAUGGCAUGUAAUGGAUACCUAAUACUGAUGAGUUAAAUUUGAAGUUAAAAGUAAACACAGUACUUUAACAACAUACAUUUUCAACAGCCAGUGGCACAAAUUUGAAGUGAAUUGUAGAAAAUUGAUUUUCCUUUGAAAACUUAGCCAUUCCACAUCCUCUGGAUUUUCUCAAAGACAGUAAUUCCUUUGAAAUACCACUCAGUUAAUUCUAGCUUGUGCUAGACAUGUUUUCAUGACUUUUCCAGUAUUUACUUUUCAUCAUUAGUGUGUUCAGUUGUUUAAAUGGGGAUGGUUAUAAGUGGUAGUUGUACAGUAUGUGCAAAACAAUUCCAUUUGAGCAUUGGAGCAUUACAAGAGUCAUGGAUUCAGAUGCCCCUAAAGCUUAUGUGAAGAAAGUCUUUAUUUUACUCUUUCUUACACGCUUGUAUAAUAGUAAUCAAGAUGCAUUAUCAUAAAAUUCUGCCAUUUUGCAAUCCUAGAGAAAGUAUUUUACAAACUCAUCCUAAGUUUCCUUUUCUGUUUUUUUCUUCACCCGCUCUCUAAGAAGAUGCCCUACCCCUCAGGUGGACCAAACUUAGGUAAGAAAAAGAAAUUUAGUGAAGAAAAUGAGCUCAAACUGGAACUUAG